AUGAUUCAGGGACACAAUGAGGAACAAUGUUUUGUUGUGCAUCCUGAAUUAUAUCCAAAAGAGAAAACAGGACAAGUUGAAAGGAAGGAAAACGACAGAACAGAGAAGAAUCCUAUUGCUAGGAGAACAGCGGUGGAAGACGCAACAAAAGUGGGAAACAUACAACAACCCAAUAGAGAAGAAGACACUCCUGGUGUUCAAAUGAGUGCUAACAAGGACAAGAGAUCCAAGUUUCAGGAUGGCAUAAUAGAUACUGAGCAGGCAGAAGAGAACAGUCAUGCCGAAAAGAAAAAUAUAGCAAAAUCAGGUGACAUUGUGGAUAGUUCUCCAGGAAGGAAAAUGGGUGAGUAUGUGAUUGAAAGGGGUAAUGACGAAGUUGUGUCAACAAAGUAUAACAAUGAGGAGAACAACUACGAAAAAGAAAAGGACGGUACUGAUUGUGUAUCACGUGACGUGCUUGAACAAGGUCUGAACUCGGAGAACGAAAAUCAUAGGGAUGAGGUGGAAUCUGUAAUAAGGAGAGGUCCAGACUUAAUAGAUGAUGAUGAUGAUGUUUUGCAGCAAAGAAAGGACCUUGAGGAGGAUGAAGAGCUAGAAUACAAUAUUCAACAAAUUAGCAAAGCGGGCGAUUUAUCACCAAGGCAUACCAACAGCUUGAAAAAUAGACUCGAACCAUUUCAAAAUCCAUCUGAGUUGGAUGAUUACAAAAGGAAAUUAGGUUUUGAGCAUGCGGGGGUGAACAGUUCUGGAAAGAUUUGGUUUUUUUGGAGGACAAUUUGGGAAGGCAACAUUCUUCUCGAUACAGUCCAACAAAUAACCAUUAAGUUCAAAAUAGAAAGUAAUUUUUUUAUAAUCACAGUUGUGUAUGCGAGAUGUAAUGCAUUGGAUAGAUUAGAAUUAUGGGAGGAAUUGGAGGAGUUAGCAAGAAGUCAACAAUGUCCAUGGGUAGUUGGAGGAGAUUUCAAUGUUAUUCUUAAUGAGGAAGAAAAACUAGGAGGCCUUGCAUUCACUCAAAAUGAAGCUUUGGAGUUUGCAUCUUGUAUCAAUGCAUGUGCGUUAACAGAGGUGCGCACAUCAGGGAGUAAAUACACAUGGUGGAAUGGGCGAAUUGAGGAGGAUUGUAUUUUUAAAAGGUUGGACAGGAUUCUUGUGAAUCAGGAAUUUAUGGAUCUUUUCCCAACAUCUGAGGUGCAUUAUCUUAUCAGACAGGGGUCUGACCAUGCACCUUUGCAUAUGACUAGUAGCUCAAGAGAAGAUGUGUUCAUAAAGCCCUUUAGAUUCUUGAAUUUUUGGAGCAAGCACAAACAUUUUAAGCAAGUUGUGGCAGAUAAUUGGAGUGUGGACUUUGUUGGGAACCCUUUUAUAGAGUUCCAUGCUAAAAUGAAGAGAGUUAAGAAAGCACUGUCAAUGUGGAGCAAAUCUGCCUAUGGAAACGUUUUUCAACAAAUUGCCACCAUAGAAGAUAUGAUAAGGGUGAAGGAAAUACAAUUGGAAAUACAACCAUCUGCCAGCAACCGGGCAGAAUUGAGCAAAGUAGAAGCAGAUUUGAAGAAAUAUUUGCAAGUUGAAGAAGAUUUCUGGAGGCAAAAGGCAGGGAUGAAAUGGUUUUCAGAUGGGGACAGAAAUACGAAAAUUUUCCAUUCGUAUGUUAAAGGGAAAAGGAAGAAGUUGCAUAUUGAUGAAAUAGUGACUGACCAAGAAAUUACGUUGCAGACAAAUGAACAGAUUGGUCUAGCGGCUGUGGGAUUUUUUGAAGAACAAUUUCGUGCGGAAAUGUUGGAAACGGACUAUGCCAUGAUUGACCACAUUCCAAAGAGUAUAUCAGACGACGAAAAUGAUUCAAUGAGUAGGCUGCCAGAUCAGGAUGAAGUGAAAAAAGUGGUCUUUGCAUUAAAUGGGAGCAGUGCUUGUGGGCCGGAUGGGUUUACAGGGCAUUUCUUUCAAUGUUGUUAG